AUGAUCAAGAUGGCCGACGGCCACUCCAUCCCGCGCUUUGGGAUCGGAGCAUGGGAGAUGCGAGGAAAAGAAACGGUUGAUGCACUGAGGAGCGCAGUGGAGCAGGUGGGAUAUAGACAUAUCGACACGGCGCAAUACUACCGCAACGAGGCCGAAACGGGAGCUUUUGCUCGCUCCUCCUCUGUUCCUCGCUCCGAGCUGUUCCUCACGACAAAGACCUUCAGCAAAGGUUCCUCCGCCUACGACUCCAUCCUUCGCUCCCUCUCCGCUGCGCAACUCGAGUAUUGGGAUCUCGUGCUGAUUCACGCGCCUGAUGGUGGGCCAAAGGCGAGGAGGGAGACAUGGGAGGCACUGAGUCGACUGGUGAAGGAGGGAAAAGUGAGGAGCUUGGGAGUGAGCAACUAUGGUGAGAAGCACUUGGAGGAGUUGAUGCAGAGUAAACCUGAGGUGCUUCCCGUGGUCAAUCAGAUCGAGUGCCACCCCUUCUUUGCCCAAUCCUCUCUCCGCGCCAAGUGCGCCUCACACAACAUCCUCGUGCAAGCAUACUGCCCCUUGGCCCGAGGCAACUACUACGGCGACUCCACCCUCUCCCGUAUCGCCUCUCGUAGCGGUCAUACAGAAGCUCAAGUGAUGCUCCGCUGGAGUCUACAGAGCGGGAUGAUCCCUCUUCCCAAGAGUAGCAACUUGGGUCGCCAAAAGGAGAAUUGGGACGCGUUCGCUGGUGGGUGGGAGUUGAGUCAGGAGGAUAUGAAGGAGCUGGAUGGCUUGGAUAGAGGACAGAGGGGAGCAGUCGAGUCGCAGACGAUGAGUCAGGAGUGUGCUUAA